AUGGAGCUGCACCUUUUCGCCACGGCCUGUCUCCUGUUUGGCAGGAUAAUGAUGACGCAUCAGACUCACAUGAGCUCAGUGACUACAUUUCUGUUCACUCCACGCGGCCCUCAGAUGUUUCCGUGUCUAACGUACCUGGAGCGAAAUGUCAGGGUGGACUGUGAGUUUCCAGCCACCAACCAUAUCCCUGGCCCCUACUGCGAGUAUCGGCAAGACAGCCGGCUAGUUGGCAGCACCCUCCCCAACGCCGCCAUCUACGUGACCACAGAAGACCGCAGGAGGAGCAACGUCAGCCUGGUCACUCCCACUCUGUGCCGGCUCACCUGGGCCCCGCUGGCUGAUGAGAGGCCUUUCACCUACACCUGCAGGGUUUACCAGGGCAACAGCUGGAAGGAGAACAGCAUGGCCGUCCAUCACAGGAUUCUUCCAAUCUGCUCUGCAAUCAGUGUCAUGUUCAAAUCAGCACCAUGGCUUUUGUCACUGGUGAUGUCACUUCCUGUGGCUGUGGGUCUUCUGAGUCCAUGAAUUGUCACUUUCACAGGGUAAUGACUCAAUGGAACUUUCUCACAUGAUUUGUGACUCACUGUGGUUUCAUGAUUGGUGGUUGACUGAUUUUACUUUUUAUUAUUUUUAGGCAGAGAGCAGAAGCCAUUAAAACAACUCUAAAUUAAAAAGACUGGAGAAAAUUGACCUCGACUACCUUUGAGGUGUGAAAGAUUUUAUGUAAUAGACCUCAUUCUCACCAUUGUACCUUGAAGACCAUUGUUUCACAAUGCUAUCAAAGGGGGGAAGAAAUCAUGAUGAUAUCAAAUGAAAAGCAUUGCAGACAAAUGCGACAGUUAACAGGUUUCAUUUUCUAUUAUAAAGACUUAUAAAGAUCAUAAAGAGCAGAUUACAGAAUGUUUUUGAAUCUGCUGUCUUAAUCAGGUCUCCCUUGUACAUAGGAUUCAUUGAGACCCAUCUAUGUUAACAAUAAUUAUAUUAAUGGCCAAAUAAAUAUUAAUUUUGUGGUUUUGUAUUUUUUUGAAGAAAAACAGAUGCUUCCUAUAGAUUUAUAUUGCACCUUAUUGCUGUUCUGAACACAAAUUACUUUUUGAUUAUAUGCACUGACAUUAAAAGUGGAGCUCUUCCCUCAACACUAAAAGAAAUGAGAGCCCUUUGAUUGGAUUUAUUAUGCUACAGAUUUAUUAGAGUGGCAGUGUUGCAUCUUUUUGCAGUUCAAUCCCUCAUUUUAGUUUGGAUUAUACUGCAGUCUCACUAGCUUCUUAGCUAUGUACAGUAUGUAACCCAGACAGGAAUUCAGGUGGCUGAUACGGCUAUUGAGUAAUAGUAAUGAAUACCUGCUCAAACACUGCCUUUCCUGCUAGCUGAUGCUAAUGCUAAUCUCUGAUACCUUCAGUACCUUUAAAUAGAAGACGUCUGUACACUGGACCCCCAUGUGAGGUUCACCUGGUUAUAACCAUGCAGCUCAAAUACAGUCUCUUUUCUACUCCGACAUGGUGCAAUAUCAGAGUUUUUCUUGCCAUUGGACAGAAAUAAGACAAACACUAAAAAUGAAAGGCUGUAAUAUCAGUUUCACUCAGUGCUUUGAUGCUAAUAUGCCCUACAGAUUAAAAAGAUGUG